AUGGGAGUGAUACGGCUUCCCAACCCAUCUAGGAUCCUGCGUUUUUCUCUUCAUGUUAUCCUCAUUUUGCUUCAGCAGACUACUGCAGAAAGAGAACUGAAGUUUGUUGUUGCAGUUUUCCGACAUGGUGAUCGAACACCAAUUGUAAACUUUCCAACUGACCUACACAAAGAAAGUGAAUGGCCCCAGGGAUUUGGACAACUUACCAAGACUGGAAUGCAGCAGCUAUUCGAACUUGGACAGUACAUGAGAGAAAGAUAUUUCAACUUUUUGAACAGCACAUACAACCGGCAAGAGUUUUAUAUCCAAAGUACAGAUUACGAUCGCACCAUUAUGAGUGCCCAGUCAUACCUUUCUGGCCUCUUUCCACCAACUAGCAGCCAAAUUUGGAACCCUGAUCUUCUCUGGCAACCCAUCCCAGUUCAUAUUUUGCAAAAAUCAACAGACCAGAGUCUGUACUUUCCUCUGCCUGACUGUCCCCAUUUUGAUGAACUUCAGAAUGAAACGCAAACAUCUAGUGAAUUUCAAAAGAGAAUACAACCAUAUAUGGAUUUUAUACAAAAAAUGGCAGUUAACACAGGACUUGAACUAAACCAUCUUAAAAUCCUGGACAAUUUCCAGCUCUGGAAUACGUAUGAUACUCUAUAUUGUGAGGAUAUUCACAAUUAUACACUCCCUGUAUGGGCCACAAAGGAUGUAAUCGCCAAGAUGGAAAAACUGGCAGAAUUGUCCUUGUUAUCACUAUUUGGGCUUUAUAAAACAGAAGAGAAAUCACGACUACAAGGAGGUGUCCUUGUGAAUACUAUUUUAAAUAGUAUUAAACAAGCUGCGAAUUCUUCAAAACAAAGAAAAAUGGAGGUCUACUCUGCA